AGUAUGUAAGUUUCUCUUCAGGAUACUAAACUAAUCCUGAGUUGGGUGCUGUAUAUUCUUUUAUAGGAUCAGAAGAACUCAUCAGAUGAUCUAGCAGAGUAUUCCGAUGCUUGGGAAUUCCAAGAAACUGAGAUAAUGAAUGCUCAGGACAGACUGCGCUCCAUACGUGCUAAGUUGUCAGUAUUAGAAGGAAAGAUGUCAUUGGCAAUAAUGGAUGCACACAAAAUUGUUGAAGAGAAGCAGAAGAGGAUUAAUAAUGCUCACAGAGCCUUGCAAAUUCUGAAGAUGAUUUGUGUAGUUUGGCAUAAUCCAGCUUCACAAGUAUAUUUAGUAGGAUCCUUUGAUGGUUGGUCCACCCAGAGAAAAAUGGAGAAAUCAAAUACUGGCAUGUUUUCUUUGAACUUGCAGCUAUAUCCUGGAAAAUACGAGAUCAAAUUCAUUGUUGAUGGUGAAUGGAAAGUUGAUCCACUGCGGCCUAUUGUUGUUACCAAUAAAGGUUAUGAGAACAAUCUCCUCGAGGUUCCUGAUUAGUGUAUGAUAGUGUGUGCGAUUGUGCUGAGAUAGAAUCUGUAGAUCAGAAAAGAGUAUCACAGGCAUUAGGCUAGUACCCGAAAUCUUUUUUGCUUCUCAUUUCUUCACAGGAAAAACCAAAUGUUUGGGGUGGUUUCAAACAUUUAGGACAGUAUAUUUUCCUUUUUACACUCAUGUACAGAGUAGUGAGUAGUUCAUUGAUUCUUUUAACAUGUAACACAAACAUGUAUGGAUAUAUUGACUGAUGUCGAAAUUAAUCCCAUUCAAUUCUUUUUCCA